AGUAACCACAGCUAUAACCUCUUCCCGCUCCCGUUAACAAGAUAAAAUCUCAUAAUAUUUACACAAUUCUGUUAUUUUCUUUUGAAAUAAACUUCGUUUGACAGAAUCUGUAGGUCCGACAGUUAUGAACGUAAAUUUGAGAAAUGGCAUUGACGUAUCUGUCGAAGUUUAUCAGAAAGAAAGCCGUCCUCGCGAUUAUAUUCACAUUUUCCCUUUGCUACUGCGUGCUCAAUUUUAUUCACGAGGUCCCGUUCUCCUCGACUGACGACCUCGGGUCCGCCAACCUCAGGAACUUCGACUCCCUCAUCUGGCACUCUGAGCAGGAUGACACGGACAACUCGAGCAGCAGGCUCACCACGUGCAGGAACUCGGUCCAAGGGAAAAACUUGAUGGUCGACGACAGAGGCUAUGUAUGUUCGAGAUUUAACGUCCUUCCGACCGGCUGCUGUGACUUAUCAGUGCAAAAUGUGCGAUAUUCAUGCGAGACUUGUAGAGACAACGGCUGCUGCAGUAUAUACGAAUAUUGCGUCUCUUGCUGUCUCCAGCCAAAUAAGAAAGCCCUUCUUCAGGGGAUGCUUCAAAGAGCUCCCGACACGUUUCACGUCGUCUUCGCAUCGGUGACUGACCAUUACGAACUCUGCCUUGCUAAAUGCCGCACCAGUUCGUUGAGUGUUCAACAUGAAAACUCAUACAUUGACCCAUCAGCAAAACAUUGCUACAAUGAUGCAUAGCUCCUACAAAAACUAGAACAGAAUAUUAAUCUAAAAAUAAAAAUGAAUAUUAAAAUUGACCUAGAAAAACAACUUGUAAAUGGUGGUGUUUAUCAUUUGCAUUACAUUUUGUACAUCAGUAUUUAUUAAUUAAUGAAUAAUAUAUCUGUAUUUUUUUAAAUAAAUAAAUAAUAAUAAAAUUUGUUACCAAAGAUAAGGCUACCUAAGUUGCCAAUUUCAUUAUUUUUUAAUAAUUA